AUGGAUCAGAAGCAGUUCUUAGCCCUCGUCGACGCUGACCGGGACUCCCAUAUCUCGUUCCUGCAGACCUUCAUACGCGCCCCUUCCCCAAACCCCCCAGGCGACACCACUGAUGCCACUAAUGUCAUUCUGGAGUACCUCAAAGACCGGGGAAUACCAUCUGAAACCAUUGCUCCGCAGCCGCAGAUGCCAAAUGUCGUCAGCACUUUCUCCGGCGCCUCAUCCGGUGAGACUGUUGUCAUGAACGGCCACAUUGAUGUCUUCCCCGUUGCUGAUGACACAAGCGACUGGAUUCACCCACCAUGGUCGGGCCACAAUGACGGCAAGUAUAUCCACGGCCGUGGCGGCGUGGACAUGAAGGCUGGAACGGCUGCGAGCGUGAUCGCGUACAGCUAUCUCUAUAGCUUCCGGCAGCACCUGAAGGGGAGCGUCACACUGGCUUGCGUCUCGGACGAAGAGACGGGUGGGAAAUGGGGGAGCCGGUAUCUAUUAGAGCAUGAUCCGAGGUGUCGGGGAGAUGUCAUGAUCAAUGCUGAGCCCGGCGGGCUGCAGAGCAUACGCUUUGGAGAGAAGGGAACUCUGAGAUUGACUUUCACGGUGCAGACGAAAGGAGCGCAUGGGGCUUAUGUGCAUCUGAGUGAGGGAGCGAACAAUAUUGUAGCACGUCUGAUCACUGCACUCCACUCAAUCGAAGAGAUUGACGCCAACAUCGACGCAGAACUGCGGAAGCACAUGCAGCGCGAAGACGUCCGUGACGUGUUGGACGAGGUCAUGGGCAAAGGAGCGGCAGACAUUGUCAUGAAACCGACGGUCAACAUCGGCACCGUCCACGGCGGCCUAAAGGUCAACAUGAUACCUGACAAGUCCAUCAUGGAGGCUGACAUCCGGUUGCCCAUCGGCUUGACGCACGCAGAUGUCCUCGAUCAUAUUCGCAACCAUAUCCUGCCGAAAUUUCCAGAGGCCACCAUGUCCGUCCAAGAAGCAGCUUCCAACCCACCAAACAAUUGUCCCGCGAGUCAUCGCAUGAUCGAUUCCAUCGUCAGGGCCGCCGAAACAGCCACGGGUCGAAAGCCGCUGGCCAUCCCGAGUCUGGGUGCCACAGAUACCAAGUUCUGGCGCUACCGAGGCAUACCGGCGUAUGUAUUCGGAGUGAGCCCUGAGACCAUGGCGGCGACGAACGAGCGGGUAAGCAUUGAUGAGUUCUUGGCAGUCGUCAAGACACAUGCUGCUGCGGUCUGGGAGUACCUAGGUGGACACUGA